CACUGUCAAAUAAGCUUCAUAGGCAUCGAACAACUGGAAAGCACAAGGAAAGUCAAGGAAACCCAACUCGAAAUUAACUAGAAAAAAGGCUAAAAUGGAUCCACAUAGCGCGGACAACUGCAAGUGCCACAAGCAAACGCAGCCGGCACAGCAGACGCUCAGCGACAUGGACUUCGAUCGAGGCAUCUGGAAUGCAGCUAUCUACAACGAGGUGGAGCGUGUGAGGGAGUUCAUCAAGAAGGGCCAGGCCAUGGCUCGCGAUGACUGCGACUAUACGGCUCUGCACUAUGCGGCCCGCAAUGGCAACGUGCCCAUCUGCAAGCUGCUCCUCGACGAGGGCAAAGUGGAUGUGAAUGCUGUGACCAAGGCGGGAGCCACCUCCCUGCAUCGCGCAGCUAUGAUGGGCCACUUGGAGAUUGUUAAGCUACUGGCCGAGCACAAGGCGAAUCUUCUGCUGCAGGACGAGUGCGGACAGAGUGCUUUGCAUCGGGCAGCCAUGCGUGGCCACCUGGAGGUGUGUCGCCUUCUGCUGCAGAAGGAGCCGACACUUAAGCUGGUCAAGGAUAAAAAGGAUAAAAUCGCAUUUGAGUACAUCAUGGAGAACGCCAAUGAUGACUUUAAGCUAUUGCUGAAGCCCUAAAAGGGCUUUCUCAUUCCCCACAAUGAGCAUAAAUGUAUUCUUUAUUAUACUUUAAGCACUAAAAUGUUUUCUCUUUAAAACUUUAUUUUGUUUUUUAAGUCUGUUAACACGUUUUCUAUAAAAUUGCACCCGAUAUCGUUGUAAAAUCCUACUUUAAAAACAGCAAACGUUCUUUUUUCGGUUUGCAUUGUGUGAGAGAUCGAUUGUAUAAAAAUGGAAAAGUAAUCUUAACGUUGGCUUAGUCAAAUAACCUAGUGGAUACAUCAUUUAAAAGAAAUCAUCUAAAUAGACUAUUAACAUGAAUAGUAAA